AUGAAGUCCUACUCCGCCGUUGUUGCCCUUGCUGGCCUCGUUUCCUCUGUCGCCGCCCACGGCUACAUCUCCUCCCCCACCCCCCGUAUGCCCGGUGAUGGCCUCAAGGCUGCCUGCGGUGACCAGGUCUACAACCAGCAGAGCUCUGACCACUUCGGCAACGUCCAGGGUGCUCUCCAGAACCUUCAGGGUAGCCACCCCGACUGCCGCAUGUGGCAGUGCAAGGGUGUCCCGUUCGCCGAUGCUGGUGAGGUCUUCUCCUACACCGCCGGCCAGGUCGUCCCCAUGAAGAUUGAGAUCCGCGCUCCCCACGACGGUGUUGCCAACGUCUCUGUCGUCAACAUCAAGACCGACAAGGUCAUCGGCAAGCCCCUCAUCAGCUGGGACAAGUACGCCCUGACCAGCUCGCCCAUGUCGGAGCACCCCGACUGGACCAGCUUCGACGUCACCAUGCCCGAUGUCUCCAGCGAGUGCGCUGAGGCCGGUGACUGCGUCAUCCAGUGGUACUGGGACGCUCCCACCAUCAACCAGACCUACGAGUCCUGCAUCGACUUCAAGAUGAGCGGUCGCUCCGGCUCCGGCUCCAGUUCCGGCUCCGGCAGCUCUCCCGCGCCCGCCUCCAGCUCUGCCCCUGCCGCCUCUUCGACCGCCACUCCCACCAAGCCUGCUACCCCCUCUGCCAAACCCACUGCCGCCGGCUCUUCCUCCACCCUCCCCGAGCAGUUCACCAUUGAGCAGUUCAUCUCUUGGCUCGAGGCCAACGCUGGCUCCAGCGCUGUUCAGAAGCUCCGCCGUGCCAUCCAGGCCCGCACUGCCCGCACCCACGCCCGCGCUUUCAGCGGUUAA